GCCGGGCGUGCGGAGACGCCGCCGCCGAUCCCGCGCUACUUAAGCGGGGAGGGCGCAGCCCGGCAGCCCCGCGGGGGGAUCCGGUGUGGGGGCGAAAGUGAUCAUAGUAAUAGUCGUCCAUCUAUAAGAGAACGAGAAAAGCAGAGCCGAGAUGCUCCGUCCGUGACCCGCCAGCGGGGUGGGGAGGGGCAGGUUGUGAAUCCGCCAAACACCUGAGAAAUAAAGCACGACCGAACAAUUUCGAGGCGGGCGGGGAAGGGGGGGCGAAAAGUUUGCCGGAGCUCGGGCGUCUCCGGGGGGGCGGGCGCGAUGCCGCCCUGGCUGCUCGGCAGCCUCUGCUGCGUUCUGGCGGCGCGGGCGGCGCUGGGCGGCGGCCCCGCGGGCGAGGAGGAGGAGAAGCUGAUCCGGGUGCUGGUGCUGCUGCCGCGGGACGACGCCUACCUCUUCUCGCUGGGGCGGGUGCGGCCGGCCAUCGAAUACGCGGUGCGGAACCUGCGGGAGAGCGGCGCGGGUUUGCCGCCCGGCUACGCCUUCCAGCUCACCUACGAGGACUCGGCGUGCGGCAACCGCGCCCUGUUCAGCCUGGUGGACAUGGUGGCCCUGCAGCGCCGCCGCCCCGACCUGCUGCUGGGGCCGGUGUGCGAGUACGCGGCGGCGCCGGUGGCGCGGCUGGCCGCGCACUGGGACGUGCCGAUGCUGUCGGCGGGCGCGCUGGCCGCCGGCUUCGGCGCCAAGGGCGGCGAGUACUCGCACCUCACCCGCGUUGCGCCCGCCUACGCCAAGAUGGGAGAGAUGCUGCUGGCCCUUUUCCGACACCACCAGUGGAACCGGGCCACGCUGCUCUACAGCGACAGCAACCCCGAGCGCAGCUGCUACUUCGCCAUGGAGGGCGUCCAUGUGGUCUUCCAGGAGGAGGCUUUCCAUAUGGCCGUGCACAGCUUCGACGAGACCAGCCGGCACCUCGACAUCGACGACGUCGUCCGCGCCCUCCAGACGGGAGAGAGGGUUGUAAUCAUGUGUGCCAGCGGUGACACUAUCAGGAACAUCAUGUUGGCUGCUCAUCGGCAAGGAAUGACCAACGGGGACUAUGCUUUCUUCAAUAUUGAACUCUUCAACAGCUCAUCAUAUGGAAAUGGCUCUUGGAGAAGAGGAGACAAGCAUGACCUUGAAGCCAAGAAAGCAUACUCAUACCUCCAAACUGUCACUCUGCUGAGGACUGUGAAGCCUGAGUUUGAGAAGUUUUCCCUGGAGGUGAAAAGUUCUGUUCAGAAGCAAGGUCUUCAUGAAGAUGACUAUGCAAACAUGUUUGUGGAAGGAUUCCAUGAUGCUAUUCUUCUUUAUGCUCUAGCUUUACAGGAAGUUCUGAAAAUCGGUUUCAGUAAAAAAGAUGGGGAAAAAAUUGUUCAACAAACACGGAACAGAACAUACGAAGGCAUUGCAGGGCAGGUGUCCAUUGAUGCCAAUGGAGACAGAUAUGGGGAUUUCUCUGUGAUUGGAAUGACAGACCCGGAGGCAGGCACACAGGAGGUGAUCGGGGACUACUUUGGAAAGGAGGGGCGGUUUGAAAUUCGACCGAAUGUGAAAUACCCCUGGAACCACGGCAGGCUGCGCCUCGAUGAAAGCCGGGUUUCAGAGCACACGAACAAUACACCAUGCAAAUCAUCAGGUGGUCUAGGAGAAUCAGCAGUUACAGGAAUAGUUGUGGGCGCCUUGCUUGGAGCAGGAUUGCUAAUGGCUUUUUACUUCUUCAGAAAGAAAUACAGAAUAACUAUUGAGAGACGAACUCAACAGGAGGACUGUAACAUGGGGAAACAUCGGCAGUUACGUGAAGACUCCAUUAGAUCUCAUUUUUCUGCUGCAUAAAGAAGAAGAUGAAAAAGAAUCCCAUUCUUCCUAGGGAAAAGAAAGAAUUAGAGAAAAGGACACAACCAAAGACAUCAGUGUAAAAAGAAGUGGCUCUUGAAGAACUCACUCUUUAAGCAGUAAUUUUGUCUUAAUUUCUUUCAGAAGCUCAGGAAUGAUUUACUAAUCAUGUUAUGCCGCAUGGCCUUUCAUCUCAUGAGAAAAGAAAAUUAUGCAGUUUGAUGUUAUAGGAUGUACUUAAUAUGUAAAGACAGUAUUUCCUAAGGCAUAUAUUAAGACUAGCAGAUCUUGGUUUAGUUGAUGGGGAAUGCCUCAUUUUGUUCUCUUUUUUUUUUUUUUUUUUUUUGCCCAGCCUCUACCACCUUUUCCAUAUUUGCAUCUCACCCAUGAGUAUCAAAUAUGGUUUCAGAAGCACAGGUGCUGGUUGCUGUCAAAAGGAAAAAAGGAAAAAAGGGUUUGGGGUAUGUUCCUGCAUCACAGAAUCACUGAUAUUGAUAACAGGGGAUAUGAAAGUUGGUGUACGGGCCUUAGUUCUGGGAGAGAACUGGCACUUGGUUCUAAUUAAUUCCUCUGAGAAAGUCAGGCAGGUGGAAACACACAAACCAUUCUUUCCUUGUUUGUGUGGUGCCACAGUCCAAAGCACUGUUUCUUCCUCUUAGCUGGUGGGACUUAGGAAAAACUCCAGUGAAGAAUGAGGAGUUUCAUAGACGUGAAAUAGUGACAGAGAAGACAAUCAGGUCUCUAGAGAGGACUGAUUAAUUCCUCAGUCUUAUAUGUGCUUUGCCACACUCUUUUCUGUCCACUGCCAUGACUUUUCAGAAGGGCAGAUGUAGUCCUGUCAAGCCUUCUCCUGUUCCUAGUGAAGUCAAUGGCAAAAUCCCAUUAACUUCAGUGAGCACAGGACUGCAUCCAUAACUGUAAAUAUGAAAGUGUUUGUAUAGCUGAUGCAAUUCAAAAGGGGAUUUUUUUUGUGUGUAUAAAAAUGACAUUCCAUGCAACCAUUUUAUUUUUUAGGAUAUUUUUAAUCUUGUAUUUUUCUAUUAAAGUAUCUAUUUUUGCUUUGGUAGGUUUAAAAAUUAAGGAAGAGGAUGUUUUGAAGACAUAUUUUGUAUGAUAGGAGUAAUAUGCAGGGAAAGUCAACAGCUGUAAAUACAUUUUAGAACCAGUAUUCAGGGGAGGAGAAAUGAUUUUGUGGAUGGUAAUAGACUUUCUGCCCAACUUUUUUCUCCAGGCAUGUGCAACAUUCAAAUAGUUGCUUAAACAACACAAAUGCAGUUAUUGAAUUGUCUAUGUGAUGAUCACCCUGAUGCUGUAAAUAAUGCAUUUUUCACAUGUUAAAGAGUCCUAUAGAAGUCAUAGAGAUUUAAAUAUCCAUGUGUGUACAAUUAAACACCCAGGAAUACCUUCUGAAAUCAUGUGUUAAAACCUUAUUUGAGGCUGAUUUCAAUCCUGCUGCCAUCAGUAUCCCCUGGAAAUUUUGCCAUUUAUUUUACCAGGAGCAAAACUGAAUCUGUGUUGAAUUAGCUACUGACAGGUUAUUUUAUACUAGACAAAGGAGAGCUUUGCACUUUCUAGUCAACAAAUGGAAGUGAACCAUGCUUACUGCAAAUGUAGUGAAGAAGAUCCAUAAAAGUAUUGUUAGUGGGGAAACAGACCUAUGACUAUGAUUCUAAGAGUCCAUUAAAUAUUUUGGUUUAUUCUGUUCUGAUUUCAUAAACAGAGCUUUCUGAUCUCAGCAGUUCUAGCCAGACUUGCAAGUUAAUCUCAAAACUGGCUCUGAAGCCUGAUUUCUACAAAACUUCUAGGCCCUGAAAGUCAGUUGGCCAGACUUCCAACUCUGAGAAACCACUUUGGGAUACAUGGGAGUGAAGAGCAAAAACUCACCGUGUCUGCUUUCUGCUGCCUUUUAUUUUUUGUUGGACAUGUUUUUUUUCCCUUAUAUUUCAAUUUGUUCUUAGCAUAUGGAGGGCUCAUCACCUGCCCUUGUGAUGUAUUGUCCCAUGUCCCAGGCAGCCAGAGGGCAAAGCUUCCUGACUGUCAGGGCAGCUGCACUACAGGAAAUUGAUUUCCAGCAUCCCAUUUCCCAGUCUGCCUGUGUGACCUCUACAAAGGUGCUUUAGCCAAAGCAGCACCGAUCAGUGGACACUUUUCUGAAGUAUUCUGCUUAUUUCAUGGCACCAGAAGUAGGCUAGAGCAGUAUUCAUACUUAAAUUAACUUGGGGAGGAAAAAAGACUUCCUGAUCAGUUUCUGGAUUUUUUUUUCCCCAAGCAGUUGAGUUUGUCUAGCCCCUGGGCAUGCUUAAAGUUUGGGAUUUUUUAAAGAUAUUUUUGAUCUACUUCUGGUUUUGCAAAUACGCCUUUCUUUUACCCAUUUGACUACUCUGCCUCAGAAAAAAAGGCAAGGAAGAUUUUUAAAUGUGUAGAGAAGAGGUUAUAAUUUGAAACAUAAGCUCUUUUGGAAAUUGUUUUUGUUGUGACUUGUUUUGCAGUAUGAACUAGUACUCAAACAGGUAGGGUUGGAAUCAAGACAAUUGUGUAGAUGUCCAUUUUUCCUGUGCCAUGCACGGUUGAGUCACACCAGAAGAUGGGAGAUCUGGCUGGGACAGUAAAUUCUCAUGACAGUUUAUUUAUUAUGUCAUUUUAUGAUACCUAUAAAAAAGUAUCGUAAAAGGUCACUUUUUUAAAAGAGUAUUAAUUUUAAUGCUUUAAAACCUUUAUGUAGGGUUUUAAAUCAUGACCUCAGGAGGUGUUCCUGUGAGAUGUCUGUUGGUGGGGUGCUGACCUAGCUUAGCCAAAACUGUGCAUCCCAGCACCUUCCAAGAAAGGUGAACCUUCUUUUGCACCUUAGAGCAUUUUAGAUCAAUGGGCUUUAAUGUUUGCAAAUUGAUGCACACAAAUAUAUGUGUUUUUCCCAUGGAAGUGUGGAGAUCAUUUAAGACAUUUCACAUAAGUAGAUUCCUUCGUAGCAUAAAUAAACUUGCUCUUCUUAGCUGCCUUUCACAGGCCUCUUGCUAAUAGUUCCCAAGUCUUCCAUGGAGCAGAGAUCAGAAGCUGCCUUGAGUUUAGAUUAUUCAGCAGAGAGAUUCUUUACUGGCUAUUGCACUUUUCCUUUCUGGUUCAUCUGCAUUAGCUCAGUGCCACAAUGUUUAGGCUCCGAACUCUGUAAGGGAAUGUCUAAUCAAAAUAAUAAUAAUUGAUCCUCAAAAGAGGUUUCAAAACCUACAUUUUUGGCUUCAACAAAUUGCCCGUAUUACAAACAUACAUCUGUAUUACAGAGAAGCACAAGGAGACCCUUGACUCAGCUCAGCACUUCAGAACACACUUAAAAUAUGCUCAACUUCAGCUUCUAAGUGCUUUACUCACUUGGGACCAAAGGGUAUGAUCCUGGCUGUGGCUGAACCAAAGGGAGAUUUGCCAUGUGCUUGAAUUUAAGAAAGGCUGACUGUGUAGGCCAUAUUUAUUGCUAAUUCUUAAAGUUGUGCCUGUUAAAUUGAAAUUUAACCAGUGGCUUCGUACUCUGUUAAAAUUUGACAAAUUCUGAUAAUUUUGUAUUUAUUAAAAUUACUGAACAAUGGUCAGCUUAAUAUCUGAUUGACCUCAGAAUCCUCUUCCUGAGGGUUCUAUGGACAGUUUUCCUGCCUUUUUACCCUCAUAACUUCAACACCUGGGCUUGUACUGCAAGUGACAAAGAUGAAGAAGAACUUUAAAAAGUAUCUGGUAUUUAGUUUUCUGAAACCCACAGCUUCAGAGUCAGAUGUCUAGGUGCUUUGUCCUGGGACACUGGUAGUUCUGAAAUGUUUGUUUAUGGAAAGUUUGUGUGUUCUGAGUUGUCUGUGACUACUACCAACACCAGUUCCUGCUCUUGUGUGCUUCACUGAAGACCACACCUAGCUGAGCUCUGAAAACAUUCAGUCUUUGCUAAAACUUGUGAUUGAGUGUGAUUGAGAGCACUUUGGAAGAUUGUGACCAGAAUUCAGUUUAUUAAAGAGUUGUAUUAAUUAAUUUCUGAAAAUAAACUAUGUUGAUCUAUUUUCAAUUUGUUUUUAAGCAACGUGCCAUUGCAUUAUUGGAAGUAUUUUGUUGGGGUUUUUCAGUGGAGAGUUAUUAAGGUGUAGCUAAUGCUUUGAAAACAUUUGUGCUGGACAAAAUAAAGAGUGUUCUCCCUGACAAUGUGUUUUACUGGGAAGUUGAUCUCUGAUUAAUUUUUUGGCUUAGAAAUACAAUCACACAUUAAACUGACAAAACCCCCCUCUUACUGAUUCAGUAGAAGUAAAUUCAGGCCCUCAGUGAGUGUCUGCAGGCUUGAAGCAGUUCAGAGUGAGUUUCUCAGCUUUGCAGUAGAACAGGCUGCAUCAGCCUUAGCUGACCUUGGCUCCAGUGAUGUUUUCACCUCAUGAAUGCCAUAAUGCUUCUGGAAAGCCAAGAAUAGACAUCAAAGACAGGAAGCUAAUAGUCCUGGUCAUAAAUUUCUUUGGCAAUUCAGUCCACCUUUUCCGGAGCUCAAGACAGUUCCACAUCCUUCACUGCCCUCCUCUGUGCUUCAGAGUGUAGCCAUGUGGGCAUUUUGGUUCUUUCAGUAAAGCAGUAAAGGUUAUUUUUCCUCGUUUGCUCCAAGAGUCGAGUGAACAGUCUUUAAUUACCCUUUUUUUCCAGUCUUUUGUCUAGGUUCAAAAGUACUUUGAAGACAGCCAUUUUCUAUCAUUUAGUCAGAAAUGCUCCUUCCUCUCCGAGUGUCUUGGCUUUUAUGUGUUGAGCCAUUUCAGACAUGGUUCAUUGCUGAACACUGCUCAGCUGUCAACACAGCUCGUGGUGUCAUCACAGCAUGGCCAUACCAGCCACUAUCAGAGUUAUAGACCUAGAAUUACCUGUUGGGUUUUUUCAUCCUUAUGGUUAUUGCUAUAAAAUGAUGUCAAGUCUAGCAGCCACCUUCCCCACGGCAGGGCACAUGGGAACAGAAAUACCAGUUUCUAAUGGCACAUUAUCUUUUCUGUUCGUUAGCAACAUGCCCUAGUAACUCACCUCACAACAGUGAGCUGUAAAGUGGUAAAUCUCAAAGUGCGUGUUUUGUAGGAGUCAGUUUUAGCCCUUUCUAGAAACAAAGGAACACAGGCGUUGCUCUUGGAAUGUAUUUUUAAGGACAUGCUGGGAAAAGUUCUGCUUUCAGAUAUGUUGUGUGUGUGUCACCUCUCCUCCCUCCCCUUUCCUUCUCGCUGUUGAAAGCACAAAAAGAUUUGCGUGUGUGUGAAAACUUUCAAGUGGAAGAAAUGGAAGAGUUUGCACUGUGCAUAUCCCUGCUUAGAGGCAGAAAUUAAUUCAAAUGGCUUGAGGGCUGAAUUGUUUUCCAUUCUCAGAUACCUUUUAACAUCUGAGCUCUGAGACUGAUGAAAACUGAUUGUUGAAAUUAAAACAAAUAGCUGUUUGUGAGAGACAUCAGACCUGGCUGUCUGCAGGGUCAGCAAGCUGUGCAGCAGACAUUAAUAGUGUCUGUUCUCUUCUAAAGAGUAACAGCAGAAAGCCUGAGCACUGUGCUUUGCUCCAGUGAAGCCUUAAGUUUGUCGUAAAUGCAGCUCCCCCUUUAUGUCAUGCAUAGAGGAAGAAAGGAAAAAGGUUAAUGUUGGACUUUUUAUGGAGCUACUGCUGGUUUUGAUCAAGAAGAUAAGGCUGCCACAGUUUUGAGGCUUUCUCGGGUUAAUGUUUCAUUGUGUCCAGUGUAUCACUAUAGAGACUUUUAUUAUGCUAUUACUUCUCCCAGAAUUUACCUUUUAGAAGGUCCUAACUGACAUACAACAAAUUUACAGCAUAAAAAACUAGCAAAAAGGAGAGGCUUACAGUUCCCUCAAAAUCUCUCACUAAAAUAAUAUUCUGCAUCAAAGACAAAUUACUCUGAAUAAUCUGACACUCUUACAGUUUGUAUGUUAAGCUAUAUUCAGAAAUGUUGGGUGGAUUCAUUAGAUGACGAAUCUUCGAAAGGUUAAAAUUCACUCGGUGUGAACUGUUCCUUGGUGUUUCUGUGACAUGAAUGUUUCUAGAGAACACUUGAGCAAGGAACAAAAAUGUACCAAAAUCGGUAUUAAAAAAAAAAAUAUCUUAUUUUAGGGCUUUCUUUUGUAAUGUCAACUGGUAUGCACAGGGAGCACACAAUUCUGCCCCCUCCAUGCCCCAGCUACAAACAGAGGUUUCACUGCUGUUGUGCAUUAGCAGCAGGCACAGGGAGCACAGCUGCAUUGCUUUCUUCUUGGGGAUGGUCUGGACUUCUCUUUCUCUUGGAAAAGAAUCUUUACUGGGCAGGUCUGAACGUGCUGAGAAAACUUGGAGAGGCAGGAUGAAGGCAAUGGGUAGAAUUUGCUGUGUUUCUUGUGCAUAGGGUGUAACAAUCAAAAACUGACAGGACUCAGGAUAGACAAUAUAAGGAACUUUGUCCCCUUUUUUGCGGUGAUGCUGUUACCUAUUAAUGGAAAAAUACUGGACAAAAGAGAAACCUAGUGCCAGUUGAGCAGAAAACAAAUGGAAAGCUGCAUAGUAUAUUGUACUGAUGUAAGUAGAACUAUCUGCAUAUAAUGUGAUUUUAUUUAUUGUUGUUUUUGUGUAGAGGAGAGUGCAUAUUCAUGACUGUGGAUAUAACCUUUGUUUAUUUGUGUAAUGUAUUUUAUUUCUUCUAUGACUUGGUCAUUUAAAAUAUCUACAUUCAUUGGUGUCCUUUGACUUUUUAUUCUGUGCAUUUUCUUUCACACAUUUUAAAAAUGCAAGAAUAUCACAUAACCUAAAUUGUAACAAAAUGUUUCCAUUAAAGACAUAAUAAUAUCUUA